AUGGGUGACGUCGCUCCCAAGACACUCUACUGUAUCCGCCAUGGAGAAUCAACGUACAACGAAUGGCGCAAGACCAGUCUCUGGAACUUCUCGUGGAUGUGGGUGCGGGAUCCUAUGAUUAUUGACGCACCGCUUAGCGCCAAGGGGAAGAAACAGGCGCUUGAACUCCACGAAUGGAUCGCUGCCAAGCAGUUGGAAGAGAAGAUCCAAUUGAUCAUCACGAGUCCAUUGACGCGAGCAAUUGAGACGACCAUUGGCGCGUUUCCCGACACGAAGAUUCCCAUCAUUGUCGAGCCUUCGUGUCGGGAGAUGUUGGACACAGCCUGUGACAUUGGUCGUGUGCCCACAGACUUGGCACAGCAGUUCCUUCUUCGAGGAGACAUCGACUUUUCCUUGCUGGAUCCGUUCUGGUGGCUAGAGAUGGGCAAGUUCCCGCGGACCGGAGAGGGUGAAGCACUUCCAGCCAACAUUGUCGCACCCAAGACGGCGGAUGAGGUGAGGCUGCUGCGCGAAACUGACGAGGAGCUGGAUGCACGGAUUCGAGAGUUUGUUGCGAAGCUGUUGGAGAGACCAGAGCAGCACAUUGCGAUUGUCGGCCACUCGUCGUAUUUCAAGCGCAUGCUGGCGAUGAAUCGCAAACUGAACAAUUGUGAGCUGCACGAAACUUCAUUUGGUGACAUUCAGCUUCGCUACGCACAGAAGUAG